CGUGCGUCAGACAGUGUAAUGUGUGUUGGUGUAGAGGUGGUGUAAUGUGUGUUGGUGUAGUGGUGGUGUAAACAGUGUAUUCAGUAUAUAAUAUAUUACAUAUAUUUGGAGUUAGCAGUUGGCAAGAAUGACAGAUAUGAGCCAAUCAUCUGGUUCUGAUUCUGGAGACUCAGAUAGAGGUGUAAGAUACAAAACUGUAUCUACUAGAAACUUUAAAGAUAGAGAAAAUGAGGAAACUAAUGAAAGCAAGUCCUUUGGACCAGUUUUACCUCCACAUUUACAAAUAAAUAAUACCAAAGUGGGACCAGAAUUACCACCACAACUAAAAACUGAUAAUAUUCAGAGGAAAAAUAAAAUAAUAGGUCCAGAACUACCUCCAAAUUUUAAAAGUAUCACAGAUAAAUUAGAAGAGCAUCCAAAUAUGAAACCUAUAGGACCAGCUUUACCUCCUCAUAUACAGAAAGGUGUCAAAGAAGCAACAUCCAAUUUACAACUAACAUUGUAUGAAAAUGAAAUUAGUAAUGUAAAGAUGGUUGGGCCUGCACUACCACCACAUUUUAUUAGUUGCAAUAAUCGUAAUGUUUCAAAAAGUAGUGAUGAUUCAAUUCAGAAUACAUGUACCAGUCCUGUACUAUCCAACAACAAUCAUCAACCAUUACAAUUCACUGAAGAAUUAGAUGAAGAUGUAUAUGGGCCACUUCCUGUUGGAUAUAACCAAUCUAAAGCUCAUGUGGAAUUAGAAGAACGAGCUUUAAAAAUGAAAAUUGAUAUGUUAAAUCCUGCCAAAGCAUCAGAACCGAUAAGGGAAGAAUGGAUGCUGGAGUUGCCAGCUGCAAAAGCUGCUAAUUUGGGUUUGGGGCCAAGACAAUUUAGAGCCAAGGAGGCACCAGAUUUAUCAGACAGAUCCUCAUGGACAGAUACUCCAGAAGAUCGUGCAAAGAAAAAAGAAAAGAACAAGGAAGACGUAGAUAUAAGAAAAAUCGCAGAGUUAAAAGAACUGAACAGAAGAGAUAAACAGCAAGAAGAAAUAGCGAGAAAAUGUAAAAGACCAGAAGAGAGUUUAGUGGAUAUGCAUCGCAAAAAAAUGAAAAAGAAAAAAGAAGACGCUCCAGGAGAAAGGCGUCCUUUUAGUCGAGAAGUAGAUCUUCAGGUGAAUCGUUUCGACGAGGCACAAAAGAAAGCUGUACUCAAAAAAGCACAAUUACUUGAUAAUCGAUUUUCGGCAGGGCAUUCAAAAUUUUUGUGAAUGGAUAUUCUUGAAAUUGAAUAAAAAUAUAAUAUUA